CUUUUGCUGACAGGCGCGGGCCGCGUGCAGACGCACUCGCACUGACGCAGACUGAAAAGAGUGCAAAGACUGCAAAGCAAGCAUUAAAAUGACUAAACUUAAACUCACUAAAGUAAGCUGAGCAGAGAUCUCUGCUUGAAUAAGGGGAGAGUAAAAUAUUUUACUCUUUUGCUCUCCUUACGCUUGAACGCAGUUCAGCACAGCAUCAGCAGCCAUAUAAAGCGCAAGGAGGGACCUCAAGGGACCAAGAUCACCAAGAGGACAGCAGGGAAUCUGGAAGAGAGGAUCGUGCCCAUCGGUGUGUUGCGGACACUAGAGGACAGGAACAGUAAAAAUCGACGGAAAACACAGUAUUAUACAUAGUUGAAUUGCCCACUUUCGCCAUAUCGCCAAUCAAAAGGAGCCGCGGCACGGAAAAAUUUCAUUUCUAUCUCGCGACAUUUCCCUUUUUGUCGCAUCUCCUAGCAGUCCAAAUUAUUCUCCAUAAACUCAAGAAAAUUACGUGUAAUUAGCAAAAUGGAUUUGAUAAGUAGUAAAAAUGCUAAAACAGAUGCUCAUCAAGGAAAUCUCAUUUCCUUUGACUCAUUUGAAGACCUGAAUUCGCAAGUCGACCCACAGGAACUGCAUGAUUUCUUCCACUCCAAUUUGGCUGAAAAUGGCUUUAAACUUAGCAAUCUCGAGCGUGAAGCCACUGGAUCAAAUGGAGUUGUUUUCAAGACAAAAGUCACAGACUUCAUUGGUGAAGAAUCUGACGAAGGCAAUGCUUCACUUGAUGAGGAGGAGGAAGAUAACACAAGGAAAGUUGACUCUGAGGAACAUUUGACAAACACUAAGGUUUCUCAAUCUGAGAUAAUUCUUGGAGAGAUUAAGAACAAAGAGGAAAAAAGAGAAUUCAUCCCUUCUUUUGAUGAACUUGUGACAAAAAUGUUUCCUGUCCGUGAUGAUAAGAAACUUAUGAAAAGGGUUAUGAAUGAGGGCAAUGGAGAGAAGGUGGUUGAUGAUGCCUUAGUGAAAUUCAGUAUUGAUGCUUAUCUAGACAAGAGUGAUGAACCAUUUGACUCAAGCAAACUGAGACAAACACCUAUGAAAAGUCGCAUGGGCGAGGGAACGCUUUUUCAGGGUUUGGAAGAGGCCAUCAUGACCAUGGAGAAGAACGAGAAGGCCCAGUUCUUGUUGCAUCCUGACUUGGCCUUUGGUGCCAAUGGCUGCCCACCUAGAAUCCCAGGAAAUGCAUAUUUGAUGUAUGAAAUCACUGUCGAUGACAUCAUGGAAGGGAAAGUUGCCGACUUGAUGCAGACUCGGAACAACGCAAAUGCAGACUUCCCUACUGUUCUUAAGGUGGUGCUGAAGGAACAUGCUGAAGGAGUCGAGUAUUUCAAAAACCAGUCGUACAGAUCAGCUAUUAUAAGCUUCAGGAGUGCUCUACGACGCCUUGAGAAAUGUGAGAAAAUUAAGAAUGAGGACGAGUCAAAGGAGCAGAUGAAAAAUCUGCUGAAGAUUUUUGUGAACUUGGCUGUUUGCCACAAUAGCCCACCUGUGAACGAGCCUGAGAAAGCUUGUGUUAUGUGUCAAGAAGCACUGAAAAUAGAUCCCAAAAAUUGCAAGGCCAAUUUCCAUUACGGGAAGGCACUUGCUUCCCUUGGAGACUAUGAUGGGGCUCAGAGAAAGCUUCUGAGAGCCAAGGACAUAAACCCUUAUGACGAGACAAUCAAUUUGGAACUUGCAAAAGUUCAUGACAAGAAAAUCAGAUCUGCCACUAAAGAGAAAGAGAUGGCUCAGAACAUGUUUCAAACUGCCUCACCAAAUCAGAGAGCAGGAAAUAAAGAUAUUUCAGCUGAUGGACACUCUCUCAAAGAAAAUGACCAUGAGCAAUUUAAAGUGCAGAUGAGAAAGAGGAUUGAGAGAUUUAUUUCCAACAAAAACCAGAAGCAGUUGGAAUUGCCAAUUGUGUUAAGUGAAAAAGAAUAUGUAACACUGCAGGAGUUGGCUCACGAGAAGCAUCUGAGCUUUUCAACUAGAGGGUGCAACCACUAUGUAAUUUCAAAAUCUGACUAGGCCCCUUGAUUGUAAACCCACGUUUCUCAUAUAUGUGACUUAUAAAUUUUAAUUUUAAAACACACUGUCAUAAUCAUUAAAAUAAAACUUUGAAACUGCACAUUUUCACAUAA